AUGGAGGCGAAUGGCCGACAGCGCGCUUCCCUGUCGGGUUCAUCCACCUUUCGACGACUGCCGACCCUCACGCGUUCCCCAUUUCGUCGUGCAGAGAAGAGCUCGUCCCCGACACGGCCCCCACCUCCAUUAGAGACAGAGACCCUAUCUCGCAACAACAACUCGGCAUUUCCUUCCCUCGCACGUGUCGUCGUUGACGAUAGCUCACUGAGCUCGGCCCUCUUUGGCUCUCAAAUCUCGUCCAUCUCCGAAGACGCGUCGACAACCCCUAGUCUCGUUCCUUCUUCCGCAACCACCACCAGCCCCCUAUUCCAGACACUAUCACUACACCAGCCUCAACAAGGCAGCGCUUCCGCUUCCGCAACCACGUCGCCCAUCAUUGGCACUGGCCUCGAACUGUCAUCGUCAAUCCCUAAGAGCGCAUCGACAACUGGGUUUUACGGAGCACUCCCUUCAUCCCCUAUAUCUCCGUACCCUUACUCGACAAAGGUGUCCCAGCGUACGCCCAUGCCUGCGACGACCCUCCCUGCAAUAGGGUCUUCUCCUGUCGCUGGCUUUGAUCUCCAACCCAUCACCUACCCAGCACAUUUGGCUCAGACACGUCCACCACAACCACAAGACAGCACUGCAACUUCCCCUUCCUCACCCAUUCCCUCCAACACUCCUGCCGCAAGCAGCCCACCCCAGGCAUCCGCGUCGUCCGUGCCCGGCGGCACCCCUGGUGCGGCUCCCGCUGUUCCUGCGCGCUCCGCACAUAGAUACCGCGACUUCACGCUCGGCAACUCGCAGUCGGCCUUCGCUUCUGCCAUGAACCUCACGACGUCCAACCUCCAACCACCUGCCUCCAUGAGCUCGCUAGGUAUCAACGGAAGCCAGUCGCCUGCGCCGCCUGUUGACAGUGGUGCGAUCGGUUUGCCUUCUUCGUCGUCUGCGGCAGCCGGGACGCGUAGACCUAGCUCGUCUGGGGGUCGCAAACCUACGGCCUCGGCGCAGGGCCCCGCAAGCAGAAGCGAUCGUCGAGGCGGCGACAAGGACGACCCUGACUCUGCAGAGGACGGAGGGAAGCGUUCGCGACAGCCAUCAGAAGGUGGACAACACGUUCGUCGGCCACCAAAAGCCCGCGAGCGCGGCGACGCGAACAAGGCGACCGCGGACGAUGGCGAGGUCCUCCUCGCGCCCAUCCUUCCCGCCGCAAAGGUUGCGCGCGCUCCCGCGUCGUCAAUGUACUUUUCGCCCGUACCCGCACAUGGCAGACCACCAGGACAGGCGCUACGCGCUCACACGGGGACACUCGUGGGCGACCGCAUUUGGUUCUUGGGCGGUGUUGACGCGCGCUCGUGCUGGCGAGGAGUGGCCAGCUUCGACACCGAGUCAUUGCAGUGGAGCACGGUUGAGACACACGGUCAGGCGCUGCCACCACUGCGCGCACACACCACAACACUCGUCGGUGACCAGCUGUACAUAUUCGGCGGUGGCGACGGGCCGACAUACUCGAACGAUGUGUGGGUGUUUGACACCAUCACACAUCGCUUCUCCAAGCCGCACAUCAGCACACCCAAAGCUAACCUUCCCCCACCGCGCCGCGCACAUACGACCGUCCUCUACCGUCACUUCCUCGUCGUCUUUGGCGGCGGCAACGGUCAAGCUGCGCUCAACGACGUCUGGGCGCUGGACGUGAGCGACCCGAGCCGCUUGACCUGGCACGAAUGGCGCACAAGAGGCGACGUGCCGCAGAAGAAGGGCUACCACACGGCCAAUCUGAUCGGCGACAAGAUGAUCGUCUUUGGCGGCAGCGACGGGCAUGCGAGCUUUGCAGACGUACACGUGUUGAACCUGCAAACCAUGACGUGGACGCUCGUGCCAACGGAAGUCAAACACAACCGCCUGUCGCACACGUCUACACAGGUUGGCUCGUACCUUUUUGUCAUUGGCGGGCACAACGGCCAGACGUACGCGCAGGACGUGCUGUUAUUCAACUUAACGACGUUGGCCUGGGAGUCCAAGGUGCCGAAGGGUGUACCUCCUCCAGCACGAGGGUACCACGUCGCGGUAUUACACGACGCGCGCAUCUUUAUCUCGGGCGGCUACAACGGUGUGGCCGUGUUUGACGACCUCUGGUCUCUUGACCUUGGCGCAGGCGCGUACCUUCCUCAGGUGACGACAUUCGAGGUCAAUGAGCAAUCGGACCACUUACGCAUGAUGGGCUCUGGCCCCACGAAGAACGGCCCGAGCGGCGCUGGUGGCCGCAUCUAG